AAUAACAGACUUUUCCAGUCUUGGAUUAUCAGAAAAUGGCCCUUAAAACUCGUAGCUACUCCGUCGAUGGCAAGCGUGAAAUGACGAUCGAUGAGUUCAAAAGAUACUUGAAGAAAUUUGAUGAUGAUAAAGAUGGCAGGAUCAGCAGAGACGAGCUUGCAAAUGCUAUACGAGCAGCGGGAGGAUGGUUUGCUACGAGGAAGAGCAAGCAUGCAAUUCGAUCCGUGGAUGCCAAUGGCAAUGGCUACAUUGAUGACAAUGAGAAAAAACCUGGCAGAGUUUGCAGAGAAGCACUUGAACUUGAGAAUUUUGUAUUUCUAGAGUGUUAAUCUCGAGUAACAUCCCUUUAUCCAUUUUUUCUUGUUUGAUAUGUUCAUCCCCUUGUUCAAAUUGUUUAUCAGUAUAUGAGUUUUUUUUUUUUUUUUGAAAGAUGAGUUUUUAUUAAUAUAAGUUAAAAUGCCGUGGAGAAUCUUCAACGUUGAGAUUUGAGACUCCUGUUGGCAUGGAAGCUAUCAUAAGAAGAGCCUGUUCUGAAUAAUUACAAAAAGAGCAGCUGCUCAAAGACACUUGGAAGCAUCUCACAACGGAUAAUCUCAAAAACAAGAGAGUUCUGGAUAAAUCCAUAAACAAAAGUCUAAUACUAGUAAAACUUAUCAGAGUGAUAAGAUAAAUAAGUAUUUUUGGGGUUGACAAUCCUCAAUCCUCACAGCACCAGCCACCAAGGUCUUACAAACCAAGCGAUCACUGAUCAAUAGGUGCUCUUCAAAAGACAAACCAUCAGCAUUUCCUGCACAUCUCAAAGACCAGAGUCCACCACUCACACAAUGAAUCACACACCAUGAGUUGCGUCUAUCUCCUGGGAGGCUUGGCAUUAUUUGUCCA